AUGCUGAUUGGAGCUCGAUCUCUGACGGAUCCAGUCUCCCAGGCUGUUAAAACAACAGGUGAAGCCGUUAUUCGUAUCGAGUCCACCAUAGUCAAAGACAAAGAUAACAAAAUCCUCGAUUGGUUGACGCCAAUCAGCUAUGGUUCUCAGUAUAGCGACCUCUUGAAGGUGCGACGACGAGGAACAGGCCAAUGGUUUCUGGACUCAGCGCAGUAUCAGACGUGGCUGGGCACACAGAAACAAACGUUGUUCUGUCCAGGCAUUCCCGGAGCCGGAAAGACAAUACUUGCAUCGAUCGUUGUCGAGGAUCUCUUUUCUCGCUUCGAAAAUGACCAGGAAGUCGGUAUUGCAUACUUAUACUGCAACUUCCAGAGGCAAGACAAGCAGAACUUCGACGAUCUCCUUGCCAGUCUGCUGAGGCAGCUGGCUCAACGUCGGCCGUCUCUGCCCGACGAGCUGACCACUCUCCACGAUAAACAUAAGGACAAACAGACAAGGCCAUCUGUUGAUGAAAUCGUCGCAGGCCUCCAAUCGGUGGCUAGGAUAUACUCGAGGAUUUUUAUUGUUGUGGAUGCGCUUGAUGAAUGCGAGAAGGAAUGCAUGUCAAAACUCCUGUCACAGCUGUUCGGCCUCCAAGCAAGCACUACAGCAAAUGUCUUGGCAACCUCGCGACCCAUAGAAUUAAUCAGGAAGAAAUUUGAAGGCAGAAGCGAGAUAGCAAACAUCAGUGCCAGAGAUGAAGAUGUGGAGAAAUGCCUGGACAUCGACAUGAAGACGCUGCCGUUACUGGACGAAGAAAAUGAGGGUCUGACGGAGAAAAGGAAAGAUGACCUUAAAAAAGAAAUCAAGACUACGCUUAUCAAAUGCGUCGAUGGCAUGUUUCUCCUUGCACGACUUCACCUAGCCUCCCUUUCCGACAAGACAACGGAGUCUGAGCUGUGCACCGCGCUGAAAUCGCUUCCGAGAGGGCAGAAUGCGUUAGCUCAAGCUUAUGGAUUAAAUAUGGAGAGGAUCAGAAGCCAGCAACCCGGUUUUCGAUUCCUUGCCGAGAUGGUCCUCAUAUUGCUCACCUGCGCCAAAAGACAGCUCACAACCUUGGAGCUCCAAGAGGCUCUUGCAGUAGCGGAAGGUGAUCUAACACUUGACAAAACUAAGCGAGAGCACACGAGUAUUAUUGUCUCUGUGUGUGCAGGUCUUGUGACUGUCGAUGCAGAUAGCGGUAUUAUUCGCUUGGUCCAUGAAACAACGAGGGAAUACCUCGCGAGCCAUAUGCAUUGCAUUAGACCUCAGAAAGCCCUCACAAUUGUAGAGGACCCUAUGAAAGUAGACGACGAAAAGAAUGCCAGUGCCAUGGCUGCGGCUCACAAAAUUUUCGCGAUCAUUUGCGUCACCUACCUCUCAUUCAGCGAUUUCGAGAGCGGGUUUUGUCAGACGGACGCCGCGUUUGAAGAACGGCUACAGUCAAAUCAGCUCUACAAAUACGCCGCACACAACUGGGGCCACCAUACUCGCGAGGCUUCAACAGGCUGUCCUAGCGUUAUACAAUUUUUAAACGAUGCGCCGAAAGUGGAGGCAUCAAGCCAGGCCUUAAUGGCUGUUAAAAGCUCAUGGGGUUCCAACUGGAGCCAAAUCGUUCCAAGAAGAGUGACAGGGCUUCAUUUAGCAUCAUACUUCGGGGUUCAACAAGCAGUAAGCAAACUGCUCCAGGAUUGGCAGAAUAUAGACCAAGAGGAUGACGUACGUCGGACCCCGCUCUCGUAUGCCGCCGAGAACGGCUAUGAGGCUAUUAUUAAAUUGCUACUAGCGAUAGACAAGGUCGAUAUUGAUGCGAAGGACAGCUGGGACCGGACACCGCUCUCGUAUGCCGCCGAGAACGGGCACGAGGCUGUUGUCAAGCUGCUCCUGGCGAUGGACAAAGUUGAUGUCGAUGCGAAGGACAACUGGGACCGGACACUGCUCUCGUAUGCUGCCGAGAACGGGCACGAGGCUGUUGUCAAGCUGCUGCUGGCGACAGACAAAGUCGAUGUUGAUGCGGAGGACAACUGGGACCGGACACCACUCUCAUAUGCCGCCGAGAACGGCCAUGAGGCUAUCAUCAAGCUGCUUCUGGCGACGGACAAGGUCGAUGUUUAUGCCAAAGAUGACAAGAGUAGAACAUCGCUCUUGUAUGCCACCAAGAACGGCCAUGAGGCUGUUGUCAAGCUGCUCCUGGCGACGGACAAGGUCAAUGUUAAUACCAGGGGCAACUGGGAUCGAACGCCGCUAUCAUAUGCCGCCGGGAACGGCCAUGAGACUAUCGUCAAGCUGCUGCUGGCGAUAGACAAGGUCGAUGUUGAUGGGAGGGCCAACUGGGAUCGGACGCCGCUCUCGUAUGCCGCCGGGAACGGCCGUGAGGCUGUUGUCAAGCUGCUGCUGGCGAUGGACAAGGUCGAUGUUGAUGUCAAGGACAACCAGGGUAGGACAUCGCUCUCGUAUGCCGCCGAGAACGGCCAUGAGGCUGUCUUCAAACUGCUCCUGGCGACAGACAAGGUCGAUGUUGAUACCAAGGAUGAUGGGAAUAGAACACCGCUCUCAUAUGCCGCCGAGAACGGGUGGGAGGCUAUUGUCAAGCUACUGCUAGCGAUGGACAAGGUCGAUGUUGAUGCGAAGGACAGGCAGGGUAGGACACCACUCUCACAUGCCGCCGAGAACGGGCACGAGGCUGCUGUCAAGCUACUGUUGGCGAUGGACAAGGUCGAUGUUGAUGCGGAGGACAACUGGGACCGGACACCACUCUCAUAUGCCGCCGAGAACGGCCAUGAGGCUAUCAUCAAGCUGCUUCUGGCGACGGACAAGGUCGAUGUUGAUGCCAAAGAUGACAAGAGUAGAACAUCGCUCUUGUAUGCCACCAAGAACGGCCAUGAGGCUGUUGUCAAGCUGCUCCUGGCGACGGACAAGGUCGAUGUUGAUGCGGAGGACAACUGGGACCGGACACCACUCUCAUAUGCCGCCGAGAACGGCCAUGAGGCUGUUGUCAAGCUGCUGCUGGCGACAGACAAGGUCGAUGUUGAUACCAAGGAUGAUGAGAAUAGAACACCGCUCUCGCAUGCAGCCGAGAACGACCAUGAGGCUGUUGUCAAGCUGCUGCUGGCGAUGGAUAAGGUCGAUGUUGAUGCUAAGGACACGUAG